UCUCUCUCUCUCUCUGUCUCUGUCCUUUUAUUCUCCGUCGUCGUUUCAUGAUCUGACUCUCUCUCUCUCUCUCUCUGGUCGUCUCUUCUUCUUUUUUUCCUUUUUUUCUUUUUUUUUUCUUUCUUUUUCUUACUUCGUCACUGUUGUGCUGAACAUGCCACGCCCUUUCUUCCAUAAGUUGAUUUUCUCAUCUACUAUCCAAGAAAAGCGUCUGAGAGUCCCAGAUAAGUUUGUGAGUAAAUUCAAGGAUGAGCUUUCGGUUGCUGUUGCACUCACAGUACCUGAUGGUCAUGUUUGGCGUGUAGGACUAAGGAAAGCUGACAACAAAAUUUGGUUUCAAGAUGGUUGGCAAGAGUUUGUUGACCGUUACUCCAUUCGCAUUGGUUAUCUUUUGAUUUUUAGAUAUGAAGGAAACUCUGCCUUCAGCGUCUACAUUUUCAAUUUAUCACACUCUGAAAUCAAUUACCAUUCAACCGGUCUCAUGGAUUCCGCACACAACCACUUCAAACGCGCCCGUUUAUUUGAAGACCUUGAAGAUGAAGAUGCCGAGGUCAUCUAUCCUUCUUCCUUGUACCCAUCAACACUUCCUGAGUCUACAGUACAAGCCAAUAAAGGGUAUACUGGUUCAGCCAUCCAAAGCUUAUUCUCUGGAUCUGUUAAAGCUGAAGAAUCAAUGCCAACCCCAAAAAUUCCGAAAAAGAGAGGGAGGAAGAAGAAAAAUGCUGAUCCUGAGGAAAUAAACUCAUCUGCUCCUCGCGAUGAUGACCCAGAGAACCGUUCAAAGUUCUACGAGAGUGCUUCUGCUAGAAAGAGAACCGUGACUGCAGAAGAAAGAGAGAGGGCCAUCAAUGCAGCCAAAACGUUCGAGCCAACAAACCCUUUCUUCAGAGUUGUCCUGCGACCAUCCUAUCUAUACAGAGGCUGCAUCAUGUAUCUUCCUUCGGGGUUUGCUGAGAAGUACCUAAGUGGGAUCUCUGGGUUCAUCAAGGUCCAGCUGGCGGAGAAACAAUGGCCUGUACGAUGUCUCUACAAAGCUGGGAGAGCCAAAUUCAGUCAAGGAUGGUACGAGUUUACUCUGGAGAACAACCUAGGAGAAGGAGACGUGUGUGUGUUCGAGCUGCUCAGAACCAGAGAUUUCGUUCUGAAAGUAACGGCCUUUCGAGUCAGUGAGUACGUCUGAGCAAAGUGUUAUGGUGUGAUCAGUCUGCAGUGGGGAUUUCCAAGUACAAUUUCGUGUAGGGUAUCUUAAUUUAAAAACAACUAAAACUCUCUCUCUCUGUCCGUGUCAUUGCGUCAGUGUCUCGUUUUUUUUCUUCUCGGGUUUAGUUGUGCUUUCGAUGUGGAUAUGUUGUUUUUACUCAUUAUAUAUAACCUCGGAGUGGAACUCAAAUUGUUUGAGUAGAAGAAGUUAGGGUUUAAGAAGUUUUAAAAGUUUGUAAAUACCUAAUCUCCAUCAAUUUGGUAUCUGAACUUAUGACCAUAAUGAUGAUAUGAUGAAGAUGGGUUUGUGUU